GCUUUUUCGAAGUAUUUACAAUAAUCUUUAGAUUUUAUGUUUAAAUUUAAUUUUUAAGUGAUCUUGUCAUCUAAUAAUUAAAAUCAAAAUGGAUAAAAAGUGCCUUUUAGUAGCUUUCAUAUUUUCAGUAUCAAUCUCAUCAGUAAUCUCAAUUCGGUGUUAUCAGUGUUCAUCACAAACAGAUCCAAAGGGUGUUGACAACUGCGGUGCUUACGAAAGAUUUAAUAAGACACAAAAUAUUCCAAUUGAGUGUAACAGUGAUGAGUCACAUAUGCCUGGGUCUUUCUGUAUGAAAGUUGUGCAGCAGGGUCCUCGUGGAUUUAUUUGGGACGGACGAUGGCGUCAAGUAAUAAGACGUUGUGCAUCAGUCGCUGAUACUGGUGUUACAGGAGUGUGCAACUGGGGAGUCUACGAGAACGGAGUGUACUGGGAGGAAUGUUAUUGCGCAGAGGACUCAUGCAAUCAUGCGCUUAAUCUACAAACAUCAGUUAAACUUGUCACGAGUACCCUACUACUUAUGCUAAUAAUGAAAUUCCUUCAGUCAUAAACUUUAACUCUCCGCAUCAUUAAUUGACUCAAUCAUUCAUUCAUUCAGCAACGUCGUUAUCGCCAUUGUACAACUUUUUUUAUAUGUUGAAAGCUACUAACAAUGAAAACAAUAGGAAUUGAUUGUGAAUCUCAAAGUGUACAUUCCAAAAGAAAUCUAAUUGAAUUACAGAUUAAGUUUAAGUUUAUGUUGUUUGUUUAGACGCUUGAAGAAUCUUGCUGUGGUAUUUACAUGCUGGUUGUUGGAUCAUUUGUGACAUAAUUCGAAAUUUAAGUAGACCUAAAUGGCACAACAAAGCAAAUCUUAUUUUUCUCUGUCAAAAUGUGUCUUAAUAUGCUAAAGUGACUUUGUUGUGCUGUUGGGGUAAAAGAAUUACUGGAAAUUGUUAAAAAUUCUUUGGAACAACAAAAGGAAUGACUUAAUUGAAUUUGGCAACAACAAUAUUAAUGCGUUUUGAAAUGGACUGGAAUUUACUAGGAAUUAUAUGACAUACAAUAUGCUUUUCACAAUGUGUUACGAAAGGCAACUUAGGAAUUUUGUGAUUGAUUUUACGGUACUGAAUACAAAUCAAAUCUAGAGUGAU